AUGGUCAAAGAAACAAAAUUUUACGAUCUCCUCGAAGUUUCUCCAGAUGCCUCAGAGUCUGAACUCAAGAAGGCCUAUCGAAAAAGAGCACUAAGGCUGCAUCCUGAUAAGGGUGGCGAUCCCGAGCUUUUCAAGGAGGUUACCCAUGCAUAUGAGGUCCUUUCCGAUCCCCAGAAACGAGCUAUCUAUGACCAGCGAGGAGAGGCUGGUCUGUCAGAGCAGGGCGGUGGAUUUGGUGGCAUGGAUCCCCAGGAUCUUUUCAGCCAACUGUUUGGUGGAGGUGGAGGCUUUUUCGGCGGGGGCCCAGGUGGACGCGGUGGAGGCGGUCCACGCAGAACAAAAGACCUCGUGCAUCGCGUACAUGUUACUCUCGAAGACCUCUACAAGGGCAAGGUCACCAAACUCGCUCUCACGCGCAACGUUAUUUGCAAAAAGUGCAAAGGAAAGGGAGGCAAGGAAGGCGCUGUCCGGACUUGCACAACUUGCAGCGGCCGUGGCGUCAAGGUCACUCUGCGCCAGAUGGGGCCCAUGAUCCAGCAGAUACAAUCACCUUGCGACGAGUGUAACGGCACGGGCGAGAUGAUCAACCCCCGUGACAGGUGUACCGAUUGCAAGGGCAAGAAGACCAUGCCAGAGAAGAAGUUCUUGGAGGUCCACAUCGAUAAGGGUAUGAAGAACGGCCAGACGGUUACUUUCCACGGGGAGAGUGAUCAAUCACCGGGCGCGGAGACCGGAGAUGUGAUCAUUGUCAUCGAGGAGAAACCUCACGAUCGCUUCAAGCGACAAGAGAACGACCUCAUCACCAGCGUCGAAAUCGAUCUUCUCACUGCUCUCGCUGGUGGCCAGUUUGCUAUCAAGCACCUCGACGACCGGGCUCUCAUCGUGACAUUGAUCCCAGGCGAGGUGAUCAAGAAUGGCGACCUGAAAGUCAUCUCAGGCCAGGGUAUGCCAUCGCUGAGGCACCACGAACCCGGCGACCUUUACGUCAACCUAUCCGUUAAAUUCCCCGAUUCCAUCGAUCCCUCAGUCAUCCCUCACCUCGAAAAAGCCCUUCCACCACGAACACCCAUCGAAAAGUUCCCCAAGUCUACCCACACCGAAGAAGUCGUCCUCUCCGAACCCGACGUACGGCGGCGACCAGAUCGCUACAACGACGAUUCAAUGGAUGAAGACCAUGACGAACCCCGGGUACAGUGUGCCAACCAGUGA